CGUCGCCAUCUUGUUUGUAUCGCCAUUUCGUUUCUUUCGUGAGAUGGAGAACUAUUCAUAAAAGUGAGAUAGAAAUAAGAUAUCUUUAAAUUCCAUAAAAGUAUUGCUUUAAUUUAAAAUUUAAUUUAACAACUCAUGUAUUUAUAAACUUUCGGUGUACAUUGUGUUGAGUGGGAUAUGUGGAAGUUUUUGUGAUGAAUUUGUGAGUUGUGUAUAAUGUUCACGACUAACGCUGUGCAAACCGGCACAGUGCCGUCUCUUCAGCAUCAGGAUCAUGCUAACCUUACCAGAAACGGUAAAAUACUCGACAGUGAUCAGGAGACUCCUAUAACAAAACAGCAAACCCAGCAGGAUACACAGGAAUUUCCUACAUUUUGUUACACUACCAACGUGAACAUGAUUGGCAAGCUUGGCACGGGUGCUACUGGGGGCACAGGCAGUGUCAACAUAGCACAGCUCACCACCAGUGAUGACAAGACAUGCUACAUAGCACAACCAUUCUCUUACAACUACGCUCUUGUUAACCAAAUGCAAAUUGCCCCCAAUGGAAUACAGAACACUAUAUCGAACAUCAGCUUCAAAUGUGAUGUUUGUGGACUCAUGUUUGGACAUCUGACUCUGCUCAAUGCUCAUAAAAGGAUACAUGCUCAAGAUACAGAUAGCAACAUAACAGUGGUAACAACUGGAGUGAGUGCCGGCAAUGAAGUAGCGAUGCCCCCACAUAUACAGAUCUUGUCCUCGGAUGCCAAUGAACAGCAACAGCAUCAUACAGUGCAAAUACAAGACACCAAACCAGUAAUUAUUGACAAAGUUCAGAAAUGCAUCACAUGUGGUGGUCCUAUUCCUAAUAACCCCAAAAGAAAAGGACCUAAAUUGAUUCGAUGUGAGAACUGCAUAGCACAGGAUUCUGUUGAUCAGCAGAGAAAUAAUCAAAUGAAUUCUUCACAAAUUUUUGUGGCAUCAGAAGAUAAUGUGAAGUUCGAAGUGAGUGGCGUGCAGCCAUCUACUGACCCUCUGGCAAUCCCGCAGAACAACCAGCAGACGCAGCAGCAGAAACCUGUGCCUGGGCACCAUCCUGUGAAAAAAAGAAGUUUGGCUUCUGUUGCUAAGUGCCAGAAUUGCAAUGGUUCCGGUAUAAUAUUCAUAGGAGGGAAUAAGAAUAAGUUAAACCAGUCAAAUGUAGACAAGCCGUUCCAUUGCAAUAUCUGUGGCGGAUCGUUCUCGCGGUAUUCGUCGCUGUGGUCACACAAGAAGCUACACUCAGGAGAAAAGAACUUCAAAUGUGGGAUAUGCGGUAUCGCCUUCGCCAAGGCCGUCUAUCUUAAAAAUCACUCUAGAAUUCACACAGGAGAGAAACCGUACAGGUGUAACACGUGUGGUAUGCAGUUUUCUCAGUCACCACAUUUAAAGAAUCACGAACGCACGCAUUCCGGCGAAAAACCCUAUGUUUGUGAAGUCUGCGAUAAAGGUUUUGCGCGACACGCGACUUUGUGGAAUCAUCGUCGUAUACACACGGGCGAGAAACCUUAUAAGUGUGAGACAUGCGGCUCAGCGUUCAGCCAGGCGGCCCACUUGAAGAACCACGCGAAGGUGCACUCAGGAGAGAAACCUUUCAAGUGCGAUAUCUGUACCGCAGCCUUUGCCGACCGGUUCGCACUUAAACGCCACAGAGGCAUUCACGAUAAAUACGGUCAAACAGCGCCAUUACCGUCUAGAAUACAACAAAGCCAACAAGAACAAGUCUCUCAAACAAAUGAUCAGAACGCGCAAGCAGCGGUAGAGGUUGAACACCAUUCGGAACAAUCUCUCUGAAACUCGUAGAACCGAUUUCGCGAUGUCAGAUGUUAACCCACUCACUCGCAUUUGACGCCUUAACAAUUUUUAAGUAUCACAAAAUAUAUACAUGAUUCAAGUUUUGAAAAAUGACGACUCUCAAUAUUAAUUCUUAUUGAAUUAAAUUUGCUGUCACAUCUUGUUAACUGGAAGUGUAAAUAUAUGAACCAAUCAUAAUUUUCCAGCUGGUAAAUUAACAUGAGUAAACACUGCCACAACAUGGUAUACUUAAGUAUGAUGAGAUUGUGGAAAUAUAGGCAACUGAUAUAUUGUAGCAAAAUUCUGCCGUACCUGUAAAGAGUGCUUCUCAUUCAAUAAAGCAAUAAUUCAUUACUAUAUAGGUAAAUUAAUAGAUUUUUUUGAUAUAGAAACAAUACAUUACAGUCUUUAAAUUAGUAAUCUGUGUUUAGGUUGAAAGUAAAAAAUCAUAAUUGGCUGUGGAGUUGAAGAAAAACAUGGGAUACAAAUUGUUGAUUUGACUUUAUUUUGUAUAAUCAUGAAAAUUUGACUGUUGUAUAUUUCUUUUUCUUGUAAAUAAAUUAAUCCAGGUGUGACUGUAGAUGCCUAAAUUGUGAUUUAGUAUGUUAGCAUAUCCAGGACUCUUUAAUUUUAUUUCUGAGUUUUGGAUGGGAUGACCUUACACUAUUAUUAAGAUUUUUAAUUGUCUUUACAAUUAUGUUUUUUGUCAAAUAAUGAUGAAUUUUGUAAGGGGUACAAACACUUUAAUUUAUCAGUCCUUAAUGUAUUUUUAACUUGUAGGUGCAACUCAUCCAGAAACUACUGCGUCAUAUGAUGUAUUUACAGUUAGAUUUUAAAUUUUUAAUGGAAUUAGUAAAAUUUUGUCUAAAG